UAAUAUUGUAGAUAAUGAGUGAUAAGAAAAAUAAUAACAUACCAUAAAAUAACAAUCAGACAGACGAUCCCAAUUAUGCAUUGCAAAUGUAGAUUAUUGCAUUUUAAGAUUAAACCAUUAACAAUUUAAAAAAUAUUAUCAUUGAAAAAGAUUCUGAGCUUUAAGUAUGAUCAAUGUUGUAAUAGAAAAAAAAUCAAGAAAAUGCCUAAUUGAGAUAGCAGAUCCAAAUGAUCGAGAAAUAACAAUCACAAUAAUAAAUGUCUCAUUAGUAGGAAAAUUCAAAUAUUUUAAAUUUAUAAUCUCAGUAUCAGAAAACUUUGGAUGAGCUCAAGAAAUUGAAAGUGAUUUUCAAUUAGAACUCUAAUCCUGAUAUAGUCAUGGAAUCACUUGAAAUCAAGUAAUAGUGAAUUUAAUAUAAAUCUAUAGAGAAUAAUUAGUCUUAAUUUAGCAAUAAAAAAAUAAACUUGAAAUUGAAUUAAAAGUAUUAAUCAACUAAAUUACAAUAAUAGGAGGCAUAAACGAGACUCAUCCAAUCUCAAGGCAUCAUCUAAGAACUCUAGAGAGAAAAUUACCAAUUAAAAUCAUUUUCAAUGCCCUCAUUUUCUAAUCAGCCACCAAUGCAACAAGCAUCUAUUAGUUAGAGUUAAUUCUUACAAUAACAAUACCCAUCAAAUAACUAAAGGUAGUUUCUGUAUUGUAUUUAGUUAAAAUAACGAAGAACUAUAAAGGAAUCAAAGAAAACUUCAGUUAAAAAAUGAAUUAAGAUAAAUACCUUCUUAGAAUAGAACAUAAGCAUAAUAAAGAAGAAUUCAAUAAAUUGAGGAUGAAUUAAAUUACUUAGAAUAAUUUUGA